AUGAUCCGCUACGAUAACUACGUCGUCUACGAGAGAUAUGAUAGCCGCUUGCAGAGAAUAAUCGAAACCAAGUUUGGUGCAAAAGGUGCUACGAAUAUCCAACCGUGUUUCAUGAAUCCGAGCCUUCCUCUACUCCUGAUUACUAGCUUCCAUGCACCGGCUAGCGUCUCGCUGGUUGAACUGAAGAGUGUAGUGUUGGGGGAGGGCAUUGCGACUGAUGUUCAGCCGUUGGAGGAGUACAAUAGGUUUACACUUGGUUGA